CCCAGAAGAAGAAGAAGAGGUUAUCCAAAUUCGCGCGGGUACACUGUUGUUAUGGGUGGCUGUCAUUUGGCUGCUGCUGCUGCUGCCUCACGAACUUACAAAUAAAAGAUUUACUUUCACGCCGAAAACCGAAAGUAUGUCGAAGCGCGAGGCGUUUUUAGAUGCCGCAUGCAAAGAAAAUGUGGAGGACUUCCUUCAUUUCAUCCAGCUUCACAAGGACAAAGUUGAGCCCUUUGAUGUGGAGGAGGUGGUGCAGGAGAUGCCCAGAGACCAGAGGGAGACUCUGUGGGGAAGACUGGCUUCGCUCCUUCAACACUUCCUGCAGGAGUUGCCUCCUGAGCGUUGGGAGAAAGGCAGUGAGGAGGGCAUGGAAGUGGAGUCAGCUGAAGACCCUAAACGUGUCAUGGCUGUUGUGGACGGUGUGACACUAGUGGCUUUAGUGUCUCUUAAGGUUUUACAAGAUGGUGACACUUACACUGCCCUUUUCGAAAUUGCCCACAAACUUCAUGUUGUUCUGGUGUCACUGCCUAUCCCAGAGGCAGCCCUGCAGCUCCAUAUCCACACACUGUGUGAGACGUGGUGGAAGAAGGGGCUGAAAGAGAAAGAACAGUUUGGUCGCACUGCAUUUCUCAUCUCUCUACAGAAGAGUUUCAUCUUAAAGAAACCGGGUGUUGAGAUCCAAAGACUCUGGAGUCUUCAUGAUGUGCUUUUGAGUGUGGACUACUCAUCAGAAGACAACAAGGACAUAAUUGACUUGUUGCUUCAAUGUUUUCACCGGCCUAUUUACAUAAAACAUGACGACGGGAAGCGAUUCCUGGUGUUUCUUUUCAGCUGGAAUGUCGACUUCAUCUGGGUUAUUCAUGGCACCAUCAAAAACCAACUGGAGUUUUAUAGCAAAACCAUAACUACUCAUAUCACGGAGAUCUACUUCAGAGCAUGGAAGAAGGCUAGCGGGGACUUCUUGGAGCAGAUUGAGAGCGCGUGCAUUCAGGAUAUUAUGCAGUGUGCCAUUUUCCUUCAAAGAGCCUCUCCUGUCCAUGCCAAAGUCCGACAGAUCGUGAGCUAUUUCCACACAAGGAAGGGCUGUCACAAAGUAGACAAGAUGCUCUGUAAUCUUUACAGGCCCAUUCUCUGGAAAGCUUUAAGUGCUCCUAACUUUGAGGUACGUGCGAAUGCCACUUUACUUUUUACUGAGGCCUUCCCAGUCCAUGACCCGGAUCAGAGCCAUGAGAAUAUAGAUGAGAAAAUUCAAAGGCAGCUGGAUACAGCAAUGGGCCUCCUUGAGGAUCCUCACCCCACUGUGCGCUCCAAUGCCACCCUUGGAGUCUGUAAGAUCCUGGCUAAGUGCUGGGAGCUUCUCCCUCCCAUAAUUAUCACAGACUUCCUGAAGAAGCUGGUGAUGGAGCUGUCAGCUGACAUCAGCUCUCCUGAUGUCCGUUGUUCAGUCUUCAAGUGUCUGACUAUCGUCCUGGACAAUGCUCUCAGCCAUCCACUCCUGGAAAAACUCCUGCCCACUCUCAAGUACAGCCUUCAUGAUAACUCUGAAAAAGUCCGCACAGCUUUCCUUGACAUGCUUAUCAAGGUCAAGGCAGUACGUGCUGCCAAGUUCUGGGACGUGUGCAACAUGGACCACCUGCUGGCCCGCCUGGCUAUUGAUUCCCAGUCAGUGUCCAAGCGCAUUGUUGAUCUGCUCUUUAAGUCCUUCUUCCCUGUCAACGAGUCGGAGAGGGAGUGGUGCUGUCGGUGCAUCACUCUCAUCCAGAUGAAUCCUAUGGCUGCCAGGAAGUUCUAUCAGUAUGCGUACAAACACACAGCCCCAACUAACAUAAUAAAGCUAACGUUGGCCAUUCGCCGUGUCCUGAACAGCUGUAUCCAGACUGACUGUGACCUGACUGAGAUUGAUGACAGCAACAAGGAGAACAGCGCACAGGCUGGACCUGUUAUGUUGGGGAAAGACAUGGCUGUUGUGUCGAGUCUACUGGAGGUUGUGGUCAUCCUGUGGAGAAGUGUCGAGAAGGCCCUGAAACAAAAUGAAGAAGCCCAGAAGUACACUUUUGCCAAGUUUGGAAAUGUCAUGUCCAAAUAUUUUCAGGCCUUUGAGGAUGAGCGAUGUACAGUUCCUCUCAUACAACUGGCCUCAUACAUGCCCCCAGCUGCCGUUCCAACAUUCAGCUGUGGCGUUUUGUCCAGGCUGAAGAAGACGGACCCAGGAGCAGUGCCAACGCAGUACAGCCAGCUGUUAGACUGCAUGUGUAGCUGGGGUCAGGCUGCUGACAUCCUCGAGCUCAUCACUGACUGGCUCACUGAAGCUCUGCCCAAGCAAGGGGAGAAGGCUAAAGCCAGUCGGAAGGUGCGUAUCCAGGAGAUGGUGGAGGCCAAACCAGAUGUGGCACUGGCUUACCUGGAGCACCUUUUCAGCCACACCUCAACACGAGAGAAAGGGCUGGCACUUGGUCAGAGACCGCUGAAGCAGCUCCAUACAGUUCUUGGUAACUGGAAGUCAGUGCUGUACACUCACCUCAGCUCCACCACAGAUGAUCUUAGAAGUCCCAGUUUGGAGACUGCACUGAAAGCCUUUAUGCUCCACGGCCGUCUCGGUGCACACCUGCAACAUAAUGCCUCGGAGGGUCGUGACUACCUGCUCUCCCUGGAGCACAUGGCAGUUUGGGUGGCUGAAAUGGUGUUACCCUUCCUGGCCAACAAUGAUGGAGAGGAUUCCAAGAAGUCGGAGCCGCUGGCCGCAGAGAUAACUGAGAGCUACCUGACCUUGUGCCGAGAUGUGUUGCUUGUGGGUUUGGGUGACGAAACAUUCAAGGGUCAAAUCCUCCACUUGUGCUCGCUCGUCCUCCUCUCAGAGGCAGGCUACCUCUGUAUUCCUGCUGUGCUGCCAAUUUUAAAGGAGGUGGCAGGCAGUUAUGUACCUGAUGACGACAGCAAACAGGCUCGGGAAAAUCAGGAGGAUCACACCACUGUCAUUCUGGGUGUCGUGGCCAACAUCUUCCAGAAGACUAUAGAGCUCUUAGCUCGCCACUUUAGAAAGGAACCGGAAAAGGGAAAACAGCUGUGUCAGUCAGCUGUGCCGGGUUUGACAGGCUUCCUCCAAGUGGCACAGACGUGGGACAGAGCACCUCUCAGCGGUGCCUUUUCUACAGUUUUUGCCGUCAUCCUCGUGGAGAAGAGACAUUUACUCCAGAAGAUCACGCAUCCUGAAGAAGUGAUCACCCCAGAGACAGUGGAGGACAUGCCUCCGCUGUCCAGCGUCCUGCUCUCUGUCAUCCUCAAGUCACCAGCUGUAAGCAGGGCAUUUUUGACUGAGGUCAGCUCAUCUCUGGAGUCUGGGGCCAUCAGUAGUUUGUAUGAGCUGGCUGCCGUCCUGCACGUCUUGGCUGUUAUCAAAUUAACGGGACAGUCUAAAGUGGGCUUGAAGAAUGCAGCCAGAUCUGUCCAGCAGCAGCUUCACAAACAUGCAGUCACAUUGUCAGACAGCAGAGACAUCCAGGGGUUUAUUUUUGAAUCUUCUGUGAAGACCCUGAAGGAAAUUCUGGAUUUAUAAAUUCCCUCAUU